AUGCAUAUAGAUGACAAUUAUUCAUCAGAUUCAAUUAUUAAUAUUUCCCAAAUUGGUAGAAAUAGUGCAAAGAUAUUUGUUUGGAUAAAUGGAGUACCUAUAGAAUUUGAUUAUGAUACGGGGGCACAGGUAUCGGUGAUUGGGAAACAAUAUUGGGAUGAAAUUGGCCGACCCAAACUUGGACCAACCAAACCUUUAUCAGUAUAUGGUAACCAACCGCUAGAUGUGCUUGGUAAAACUAUGGUGAGGGUUCGUCUUGGAAAGAUAAGCAGAUCACUACCGAUUGUGGUGACCCGUUCAAAUGACAUUCCAUUAUUUGGACUACCAUGGAUACUGGCAUUUAAUAUGUUUAUUCCACGACAAGUGACUAUACGUAGUAUCACAAAUAAAGAGGUUAUGACAACCAAUAAACAAAUUGCUGGCAUGACAACAGAAUUUUUUAGUGUUUUUGAUGACAAGCCUGGACGGGUGAAUGAUAUAGAAGUUAGCAUACAUUUGAGUAAGGCAGCAAGGCCGAAAUCAUGGCCAGCUCGUAUAGUACCUUUUCCAUUACGAAAACCAAUUGAAAUGGAACUCGAUAGAUUGGUUAAAUCAGGAAUAUUGAAGGCGAUUGAUCCAACACAUAAACGGUUACAUGGGCCACUCCAACGGUAA